CUUGAAUUGCCUCACUCUUCUUCCCUUUAAUGUCUAGAGCCCAGCUCUGGCGUCCUUUUAAAAAGGUUUUCUUGUCGGGCUUUAUUCUAUCGGCCUUAAAAACUCGUAUCGGACAAAAGCGUACGGAGUACCUUGAGCGUCAUAGUACUUGUGUCGCUGUAGAACGAUAGAUCUUGGCAUGUUUAUCAUGUUUGCUAUCCUGAGGUGCAAACAGUCACAUGAUAUCAAAACGCAUCAUACCGUGGUAUAAAUAUUGCAUCUUCAAAGCUCUCCAACACGGCACAAAAAUAAUUUAGCACACCUCUCCUAGUACUUACCACCGGCGAUACCGUACUUCACAUCUAAAACAUAGUCAAGCAAUCACCCAGGAGCAGAAAACCUCAAUCUCAAUCCCUGCCUACACCAAACACCAAAAUCUCCAACCAUGUCCGCCCAAGCCACAUCAACGCAAUCCACAAGCCAAAAACAACCUGAUGCUGCACCCCAGACUCAACAGCAGAAGCCCGCCGUCCUAGAAGAAGAUGACGAAUUUGAAGAUUUCCCAGUCGAAGACUGGCCUCAAGAAGAAGCUGAAACAACCGGCUUCGCGUCUGGCGGAGACACCACCAACCACCUCUGGGAGGAGAGCUGGGACGACGAUGACAACAAUGAGGAUUUCUCGAAACAGCUAAAUUUUGCUUGUAGGGAGGAGCUAAAAAAGGUGGAAGCGGGGAAGAGAUCAUAACAUUCUGCCUAUUCCGGUUUUUCUUUUUUCUGGGUGUGGGAGCUUUGUUUAUUAUUUUCUCCUCCUCUUGACGGACGGACGACCGUGGGAGGGGAUUGAUAUGGGAGUAUUGAUUUGAAACGAGAUGAUAUAAAUCAAAUAAACCGGCGCUGGGGUUCUUCUUUGUUUUAUUGUUUUUGUCUGUUUGUGCGUCUAAUCGUUGUUUUACUGCUGUUCUGUAAAACUAAUAGCUUUUCUUUUUUUCUUGUCGUUUUUUGUAUGGCUUUCCAUUUUACAGGUGAAAUGUUUCAGCAUUAUCUUGCUCCUUUGUGGUUUUCUUCCUAUCUUUCAAGAGUUCAUUGAAAAAGAGGGGGUAUAUUUGUUUAUAUGCGCAUGCGCCCUGAUCCCGAUACAAACACGACCGAACUGCUAUUAGACAACGACAGUGAGUGAAUUCGACUUUUGUUCUGCCUGCCAGCAAUGUUCUCUACCACGCUGCAUAGCAAUAGACGGUUGAGGAUAUUAGAAGAGACUCAACUCAAGAGGUUGAGAGAGUCAUCAAAAUAAUAAACCAUGAUGCAUCAAUAGGACUAUAUCAUGAAAGAUCCCUGGCCUAUCUUUCUUUUUUUUUUUUUUUUUAAAAAAAAAAAAAGAAAAUACCAUAAUCCAGGGGUAUUCCCCUAUCUUCAUCUUCGCCUAUUU